AUGGGGUGUCAGCAGAUUUCGCUUCAUGCACGUUGGGGGAAGAGGCCUUGGGCGUCUAAUCCCGUGGAAUCUCCGUGGCUGUUUCUGUUCUAUUCCUUGAUAUAUUCGGAAGAUCACAAAGUUAAAGUCCACAAAAUGCCACCAUUAUCUGGCAAAGACAGACAGGCCCACGAACUGCGGCUCCGAGCUAAUGGAAAGAUGAGGGAUAAGAGGUAUGCUGCUGCGCUGAUAGAUUACACCAGAGCGCUUGAACAGACACCAGGGUCAGUGGCGCUGUUAUCCAAUCGUGCAGCCACUCUACAAGCGUUGGGUGCCUAUGACGAUGCCAUUAUUGAUCUUUACAGUGCAACAUCCAAAGAUCCCACGUUCAUACCCGCAUGGUGCAGGCUGGGGUAUGCGUUCUUGCAUCAGGGGAAUACGGUUAGGGCUUUGCAGGCGUACGUACAGGCGGUCAAAGUUGCCAGUAAACACCCGAAGAAGCCGCAGAAGUUCAUGAGUGAACUCAAAGAGUCAAUAAAGCUGGCAGAGUCAAGGGCCAGACAACAGGGAUAUACCCAGGAUUAUAUCGACGAGCUCGUUCCGGAUGAUGUCCGCAUGGCUCUUGACUCGUACAAAUCAUUGACCUCAUCGAGAGCACCUACUCAGGGCGUUUCUGUGCCUGAAAUCAGCAUUUCUGAUCUGUACAACAUGGUGGCCAACCCUGGUGUUUUCAGACAACAGCAGUCUCAGAGUGGAACACAGUCAGGUGCACGGACACCGGUGCCGGGUGCGCCAACACCUCAGACAGGCACGCAUACACCACAAGAAGGUUCACAGACUGACAGAGGUACUUAUUUUUCAUUUCCGGAGCCUCUGCGAGACAUACUACCACCUUUUCCCAUUCCACCUAUUGGAAACAGAGACCAGGCGAUGUCGUUUGCGGACACUAUAAUGACCAUAGUACAAUCGUAUGUUUCAGGAACCAACCAGGACCAUCCUGAAAGAAUAGUUGAUCCUGCAAGAGGGGCGGUCAACGCGUGGCUCGAAAGUUUGGGAAUGGGGUUUGGUGCGCAACGAGCACAGCAGAACGAGACUGGAAACAAUGAAAGGGACCAGAAUGUGCCACAGAAUGUUCCACGGAAUGAGGAUAGCAAUCCGGCGGGCUCUGAGAAUGCUGCAGUAGUUCCUGACGACGAUGAAGAUAUACCCAUGGGCGUUCCUGAAGAGGACGAUUACGGUAGAGCCGCACCAACACGAACGGCGACUACCCAGGAAGAAGGCCAGUCGAAUGGAUUGUGGGGGGCUUUGAGGCAGACACUGAUCAACGGAGUUCAGAGUUUGAAUGCACAUGCCAACAAUAACGCCAAUCAGGACAAUAGCCAUGACGACAAUCUUCAAAUGCCUGAUGUUGAUUGA